GGAAGUUGGCUUGAAAACAAGGACAGAAACUGAAUUUAUCCCAAGAUGGAUUAAAAUAUAAAAGCGUUGUUAUUGUUUUCAAGUCGCACAUUCUACAGAUGAUGUCUAACACGGCCAGGAGCGGAGACAUCAUCCACCUGAACGUCGGAGGGAAGAGGUUCAGCACCUCCCGACAGACCUUGACCUGGGUUCCUGACUCAUUUUUCUCCAGUCUGUUGAGUGGUCGGAUCUCGACUCUGAAGGAUGAAACCGGGGCUAUCUUCAUCGACAGGGAUCCCUCUCUGUUUGCUCCCAUCCUCAACUUCCUGCGGACCAAAGAGCUGCACCCCCGCUCCAUCAACGUGCACAUGCUCAUGCACGAGGCCGAGUUUUAUGGCAUCACACCGCUGGUCCGUAAGCUGCAGCUGUGUGACGAGCUGGACCGAUCUUCCUGUGGAAACGUGCUAUUCAACGGCUAUCUGCCUCCACCAGUGUACCCAGCGAAGCGCCGUAACCGUCACAGUGUGGCUGGGUCGCAGCUCAUGGGAGGCCGAGUCAUGCCUGUAGAGAGAGCACCGGUCAGACGAAGCAACACCAUGCCCCCCAACCUAGGGAACUCCGGGAUACUGGGCAGGGCCAGCACUGAAGAGAGGCCGUCUGGAGGUCAGUCAUCAGAUUCUGGCAUGGUUCGGAUCAUCUGUGGUCAUCAUAACUGGAUCGCUGUGGCCUACGCGCAGUUUGUCGUCUGCUACAGGGUGAAGGAGUCGACCGGGUGGCAGCAGGUCUUCACCUCUCCUCGCCUGGACUGGGUGAUUGACAGGGUUGCACUCAAUGCCAAGGUGAUGGGUGGCUCGCUGGGAGACAAUGACAAGAUGGUGGCCGUUGCCUCUGUGACAGAGAUCAUCCUGUGGGCCAUCUGUCCAGACGGCAAUGGAAAUGAAAUAGGUGUCUUCAGUCUGAACGUGCCAGUGGAGGCGCUCUUCUUCGUCGGUAACCAGCUGAUCGCCACCAGCCACUCAGGGAAGGUUGGAGUGUGGAACGCCGUCACAAAACACUGGCAGAACCAGGACGUGGUUCCUAUUAGCAGCUAUGACACUGCAGGCUCCUUCCUCAUCCUGGGCUGCAACAAUGGAUCCAUCUACUACAUAGAUGUUCAGAAGUUUCCUCUGAGGAUGAAGGAUAACGAUCUGCUUGUGACAGAGCUGUACAGAGACCCGACUGAGGAUGCCAUCACUGCUCUCAGUGUCUACCUCACUCCCAAAACAAGUGACAGUGGGAACUGGAUUGAGAUCGCGUAUGGGACCAGCUCUGGAACAGUUCGAGUCAUCGUUCAGCAUCCAGAGACCGUUGGAUCGGGGCCUCAGCUCUUCCAGACCUUCUCCGUCCACCGCAGCCCCGUUACUAAGAUCAUGCUGUCUGAGAAACACCUCAUCUCAGUUUGUGCAGACAACAACCACGUCCGGACGUGGACGGUUACCCGGUUCAGAGGGAUGAUCUCCACCCAGCCAGGAUCCACGCCGCUCACCUCCUUCAAGAUCCUGAGCCUGGACGAUGUUGACGGACACGGAGGCUGCAGCGCCGGGACAGAGAUAGGUCCGUAUGGAGAGAGAGAUGACCAGCAGGUCUUUAUACAGAGAGUCGUACCCGACACUGAUAAACUGUAUGUCAGACUGUCGUCCAAUGGAAAGAGGGUGUGCGAGGUGCGCUCGGUCGACGGCACGUCCAUCACGGCCUUCAUGGUCCACGAGUGCGAGGGCUCAAGUCGCAUCGGUUCUCGGCCACGGCGCUACCUGUUCAGUGGCCACAGCAAUGGCAGCAUCCAGAUGUGGGACCUGACGACUGCCAUGGAGAUCGCCGGCAAGGUCGACAUCAGAGCACUGGGCGGGCCCACCGAGGAGGAGCUGCUGGAGCUAUUGGACCAGUGUGACCUGGCUCUGACCAGAACACCUGACAGUACACCUAGAGCCUCUACCUGCAGUCUGCACUCUCAGCUCAGUGAUGGCUUCAGGGUGGAGCGUCUUCAUUCUGCAGGAGGAGGACGAGGGACAGGAGUUUCGAGUUCGUCGGCUUCACUAUACAGUAGUCUCCCCCGACAAGCUCCACCCCCAAUGCCGCUCGCCAAACCUCUCCGAGACCCGAGCCUCUCAGCUGGGCCCGGAGCCGAACCACAGACCCCAUCCGUCCCCAGCCCCGCCUACACCCACAGCUCCAUCUCCAGCCCCAACCAGGCCGCCAGCCCCCGCCCCCACAGACACCUGGACCGGGACAGAGAGUGGGGGUCUGUCCGCAGAGGGAGCUUUGUGGAGCGCUGCCAGGAGCUCGCUAAGGGUUCAGAGGCAGCUGGAGGGUUUGGGGUCCUGGCGGGGUCGGAGGGCAUCAGGCGGAGCCUAGCUGUGUGUAGCGAGUUAGAGGCCAGAUUCAGCCACAGGACCCCCACCACUUUCUCUGUGUCACCCAGUGCUCGCCAUUCACCUGGAACACCUUCAUCACUGUCAUCAUCACCGUUAUCUUCAUCACAACGCAGGGCCACGCCCACUUCCCCAACAAGCCCCCCCCCCCCAGUUGUAAGCCCAACCUGGUCUCAGACCCCUGUCUCACCUCGCCACGGCGCUGCAGCAUCUCCUGCUGAUGUCCCGGCAUCACCUGAGAGCCCCACGAGUCCAGAUAGCCCCGCCACCGCCCCUUCCACCAGCCCCAAACCACACAUGAAUGAGACCAGCUUCUGAUUGGCUGAUCUGGCUGAGAUUCAGAGGCUCAGAACAAAUCAGAGGAAGACUGAGAAGCUUCAGUAUUUCCUGUCAGAACAGACAGAGUUGGUCCUGAGAGCUGGAACCUUGUUUUCAGCAGGUUUGGAUUUCUGUCGCAUGUUGAGACCUGAAGCCGAAACAAGUGGCAGGUCUGAGUGAGUAGCCAAUCACCUGUCAAGUAGUGUCGCCUUGGUUGCCACAUGUGGGAUGGCUGUUUCCAAGAUUGAGACUAACGAAAUAAUGUCAGAAAUGAAUCUGAACCACCAAAAAAACGGCUAAACGUCUCUCUAACUGUUUAACUGAAGCUGCACUGAUCAAUAUUUUUACAUUAUCAAUAAAUCAACUAACUCAGUUUAAUGUUAAAGGGCUCACUCUUAGUUCUGAAGCCAGUAACCAUUUGCUAAACCCCAUCCCAGAUAUGUACAGAUUAUAGUAACGGUAACAAAUUUACCAUCAAUUUUCACAGUAAUUUAUGAAACAGUGGAUCAUUGAUUUCAGACAUAAAGACACAAAAACAGCUUCUGACCUCCAGCUGACGAUCAAUGACAUUAACACCUGAGAUAACAACAGAAAAAAACUACAGAAAUCAGUGUUGCGUGGCCAGAUUAGACAGAUUGAACCCACACCGUUUUAUAUAAAAAAAAAAAAAAAGAAAAAUUACGAAUGCAUAGAUAACGUUAUAUUAAACAUUAAAAAAACAUGUACGCUUUAACAGUCUGAUAUCACAGAGCUCUGACAGAAGGAAGAAUUGAAUAGGGAAAAAAAAGUUUCUACUUAAGUUGUGUUGGUCAACACUGAUCAGUCCGUGUGUGUCGAGGCCCCUCUGUGUUAGUCACUCAGACCAGAGGAGGGGCUUUUUGUUGGUGGAAACCGAAUGGUACGAAAAGGAAGUAUCCCAGUUGGGUGGGAAGCUGUUGAUUGUUCUCACCAGUUGAUGAUUCUGAUUAUUUCAUGUAGGGGCAAAUAAAGAAACAGUCCUGUUGUUGUCUCAUGGGUUAGUUCUGGUUUUACUUUGUUUAUUUUGGUGAAGUUUAUGCUCCAUUAACUACAACCGGGUGUGUGUUACAUUAGGUCACAGGUACCAGGUUUGUCAAAUGUUUCUGUCUUCAUCCUGCAUUAAAAGAAAAGUAAAUCCAUGAUCGUCAGCCAGAAACAAGAAGCUGCUGUCGCCUCUUUGUGUCUGAAAUCAUAGAUCCACUGUUUCAAAACUUUUGACUUGUGGUAAAUCUCUGCUGUAUGAGAACAGACACAGUCAGCGAGCAGCUGGUGAACAUAGUGGAACAUUCACCAGCUAAAAAAGAUAUUUCCCUCAGGAGCUGGUGGAGACCAAACACAGAGCUAAAAGAGAGGGAAAUACAGAUCCUGUUCUAUAUCUUCAGCUUGUUCCACUGCCCCUGACUGACAGACAGAAGUCGGUCUAUCUUUGUUUCUGUAGCAUUUUAUAACCAACAGAUGAGUCUUUCUAACCAGAAUCUUCUAUCUGUUCCUCUUCUGACUGUGAUUUUAAUUAAAAAAAAGUUUUUAUAGAAGCUUUAUAUUUUAAAUUUGUAUGUAUCCUGCAUUUUGGUAGUUCAGCAAACUAAAUUAUAAAUUCACACUGUGAUGACAAAAAAAAAACAGGUAUUCAGUCCAUUCUUCACUGUCUGAUGCUUUAUUUUACAGCUCUGUAUUUUCCUAAUAAUUAAUCUUCUAUUAAUCACAGAGAAAAAAGGAAGAACUGCACCAUCUAAACCCCAACAACAUUGAUUCAGUAUUCUUUCAUUAUUUAAAAUGUAUUAUUAACUCCUCCACUAAUACUUUUCAUAUUCAGAUUAAUGAAAUAAUAUAUAAUAUAAUCAACAAAUAAAUAAUGAUGUAUUAUUAUUCAUUAAGAAAAAACUUUAUUGAUCCUGGGAAGACAUUCACAAAUGACCCAGCAGAAUAGAAAGUGAUUUUGAAAUCAGCUCAAAUCCGUUAAAGUGAUGAACAAAUAAUGAGUAAUUUUGGUAUAUUAGUAUUGUGUUGUAUCUGCAAUUAAUAAGCAUUAUUCAAGUAUUUCAAUAUUUAAUUAUUUCAAUGCUAAUGCUUUUGGGCUUUUCAGUAAAACUUUCAACACAGGACUUGUAACAGAUAUUUUGUACUCUGUUGUGUUAAAGUUUCCUCAGCAGGUUUAGAGAGGGUUAAAUCUGUUACUGCUGUCGGAGGCCCUCAACCUCUAAACACACAGUGGGUCACUGCUGCAGGACGGCGGUCAUAAGCUCAGACCGUCAGUGUUCACAAACACUGAAAUCAAUUCAUCUUCUUUCAUUUGUUAAUCAAUCCACCAGGUUUCUGCCUCUUGUCCUGUUCCAUGUAAUGUUAAUUUAAUUAAUGAGAUCAUUAGUAAAUAUAGUGAGAUGCAGCUGGGAAGGACAGAAAAAUAUAUAAUUCUAGGUCAUAUUGUCCAUACUGGUUUUGCAUCAUACUUUCAUAAUUGUGAAACAGCUGUUAAAUAACAUUCUGUGUGAUUAAGUUGGAGAACCUGCAGAGACCCUCAAUUAGUUUGAUGCUAGAUUCAUUCUUUCUUGGAAACUUCCAAAGAAAUUAUAGGGAGCUUAUUAGGAAAAUAUGGAGCCUUAAAAUUAAGUUUUCAGACUGUCCACAUGUUAUGUUUCUUCCACCGUCUUCCUGUUUUAAUUUGAAGUACUUCCUGUUGAAACAGUCUGCUUCCAUCCACUCCUCUCGUGAGUCCACCUCCUAUAACGUUGACACUGGUUUUACCUCCUGUCCUGUUGUUUUCCUGUCUUACUGCUGAGAGUGAUGUCUGACUGUUUCUCUAGUCUCCAUGGGCUCAUCUCAAUUUAAACACACGUUCUCAGCAUUAAACCCUAAGUUUGUCUGUUUAUGCAUCUAAUGUUUGUUCUACAGCCUGUGAUGUGAAUGUUCAGAGCCACAGAGCUUUAAAAAAUAUUUGUUAAAAUAGAAAAUAUAAAAAAAUCAAGCAGUUGAUCAGUUGUUUUAAAGCUCUAACUGACAGUGUUUCGUUAUCUGUUAAUCCUUAGGUCUGUAGAAUUACAGAAAAGACUGAAAAAUGUCUAUUUCAGCUUCAUGAUGUCUUUCUUCAAAAGUCCAGACGGACUCAAUUUACUGUGACAUAAAACAGAAAAGCAGAAAAUCCUCACACUGCAGAAGCUGAAACAAAGGCAUGAGUAAUAAGUUAAACAGUUAUUUGAUCAUCAGAAUAGAUGCAGAUAAACUUUCCCUUGUGAUCAUUUCAAAAUGCAGCAUCAGUCAGUCUCUCUGUGGCUCUGAGCUGUUCAUCAAUGCUCAGUUUGUUUCCUGCUCAGUGAUUGAAUUUCAGUUAUGUAAACAGCUCAUAGUGAAUGUAGUGAGACAGUUGUUACAGCUGGUCUCAGAUCAGCACUGUAUGGAAAGCUGUGACAGAUGCAUCAGACAGUUUGUAACCAUGUUUACUAACCAAACAAGUUUUUCUAACAGACUUUGUAUAAAAAAUUAAAAGCAGUGACUCAA